GGGUUUGUGUCUUGGGAACAGCUGAAGUUGUCAAAAUAGUUUUGUUUUCCCAUUCGCUUCCGGAGUAUUUUUUCAUUGAAAAUAGAGAAAAAUGCCUCUUUUUGAUUCUGUGAUGCAGGAAAAACCUGCAGUGGUGUUUGAGAUAGGUACAGCUUAUACCAAGUUAGGGUUUGCUGCGGAGGCUCACCCCUGGUUUAUCCUUCCCACGGAAGUCCUCGAUCCAGCUUCAGGGACAACGAAGAACCUCUUUUCCUUCCACGGCACCGAAUUGUAUGACAACCUCGUAACAUUCCUCAAUGAGUUAUUCUUCAAAUAUAUCUUGGUGACUCCAAAGGAUAGACGAAUCCUAAUUGUUGAGAGCGUUCUCUGCCCCACAGAGUUCCGAGAAUGCCUGGCGAGGGCAUUCUUCAGGCACUUUGAAGUAUCCCUAGUGUUUUUCGUACCAACACAUUUGGUCAUCCUCACGACUCUAGCCGUCAGCACGGCUCUUGUCAUUGAUUUGGGAUUCAAGGAAGCAGUCAUUCUGCCAGUUUACAGUGGUGUUCAGGUGCUUCAUGCUUGGCAGGCACAGCCUCUAGCCUCAGAAGCUGUUCAUGCUGAAAUACGACGACAAUUGUUGGCGUCAGGUGUCAAGGAAUCACUGCUUACUGAGGAUCUUAUCGAGAACAUAAAAGUUCGUACGUGCUUUGUGACUAAACUCUCUAGGGCGGUGAAGUAUCGCGAAGGGCAGUCGCCACAACCCUGUCCGGAUGUUGACUAUCCAGCUGGUGGAGAGGAGAUCAUCAAAAUCUCAGGAAGUUUGAGAGAAACUGCCUUUGAAGUCCUCUUUCCGGAGGAUAAUGAUCACCUAGGAUUACCUUAUCUCAUCCUGGAUGCCAUACUCAAGUGCCCCCUCGAUAUGAGGCGUCAGCUGGCUGAGAAUAUUGUGCUCAUUGGAGGUACAGCAAUGAUUCCUGGACUUACAGCCAGGCUCCAGGAGGAACUAAUUCAUUUGCUGGACACUGAUCUCUACAAGGGCAAACUCUUUAUCAAAUCCUUUAAAUUCCACACACCACCAGCCAAGGCUAAUUUUACCGCCUGGCUAGGAGGAUCAAUCUACGGUGGGACAGAUCUUCUGCUGACAAGAUCAUUAACGAAGGAGGCCUACUCUAAGAAUCCCCGAGUACCCGAUUGGACACAUCUCGAUGAUAAACGUAGUCACGGCAGCAACUGAUCAAAAGCAUCUCGAAAUAAAUCUCUUCAACAGUGAAAUCCAAGGGGUGAUUAAAUGCAGGGUCAUGCGAUUUCCGCGCAGAGAUCGGCAAAUCGAUGUUUCAAGUUGAACUGUGACUGGCAGAUUUAAUCACCCCUUGGUAAAGCAGCAAAGCCGAGAAGAGGACUCCGCAGAAAAAGGAAAACAAACCAGCGUGAUCAGUUACAAAAAAAAAUUUAUCAUUAUUAAUGCUUUCUUGGAAGAAAAAAAAAUAUAUGAAGAAAAAACUUAUGCGAAAAAAUUUGAGGGCUUUUAUCUCUCGAUGAGUGUCCCCCUUGGAAUGCCUUUGGUGACCUUAAUAUUAAUGCAAUUCUUAAUUUAUUAUUUUUAUUUAAUUUUACCUCCACUUAAGCUCAUGAUUGUUUUGUUUUUUGUACACUCUAAUCCUAACUUAUCUCCUGGAUUAAACAAUUUAUUAAUUUUCUAUUAAUUAAAUAUCAAAUUGUAUUUAUCAAAUUUAUUGUAUUAAAUGCAUUUAUAUAAAAUGUAA